AUGUCUGAUUACUGCUUUCAACCAAACAAAGCAUUUUCCAUUGUACAUGAGAACCAACGACAUCCAUCACCUCCAUCACAGCAGCAGCAGCAGCAGCCGCAAAAGAAGCCAAAUGAACUAAAGUUCAAGAUUGAAUCGGUUGGCAUACAUCCUGAAGAUGAUGAUGACUUGGACAUGUGUCCUGCAAGAGUACGACCUUCAUGGCCAAAGCAAAUCAUCCCAUGGUGGGUUCCUUCUCAUCCCAAAGAGAAGCCUCCUUAUUCAUACGCUACAUUGAUCGCCCAUGCCAUCUUGGCUAGCAAAGACGGUAGAUUGACAUUGAAUGAUAUUUACACAUGGAUUUCAAAGAACUACCCCACAUUUUCUGUUGGUAAUGGAGGCUGGCAGAACUCAAUUCGUCAUAAUCUUUCUCUCAACAAAAAGUGGUUCUACAAGAUUGAUAGAAGGCCUACUCAAGCAAAUCCAGGCAAAGGCUGUUACUGGACCCUGAUCGCUGGCACUGAACAAAUCUUUAUUGAUAAUCUCACACAAGAAGGCGGACACAGCCGAAAACACCAUGAUAUUGGUCUUACCGCUGAACUCUCCAUUGGCCAACGUCGGGGUGCGUGCUAUUAUAACCAUAGCAACGCAGUUACACCAACCACACCUACCACUCCAUCCUCCAUCAACUUGGAUACACCACCUCCAACACCUACAAAGCCAUUGCUCUCGCCAUUAUACACCACAUUUCGCAUGGUUGAUAUGACACCAAAAACUGCUGAUAGUGGUUCUGCAGUCGCUGCAUUGGAUGACUCUGAUAACGAUUCGGGUGUGGAUGUUGGUAAUGAAUAUGUUGAUCGAAAGCAUUUCAGAAAGCGUCGUCGUACAAACACUGUGCCUGCUGCUCGCAUUCCAUCUAAUACUACUACUACUACUACUACCGCUACGAGUGGUGCUACCGCAACCACACCCAUCAUGACAUUUGACAUGGAGCAAUUACAUGUGAAUAACCAUCAUCAACGCAUGAUGUAUGGUACACCGACGUCAGCUUGUGUCCCCUCACUUGAAGGCGUCAACUAUGAAAUCAAUCACUGGGUCGAGCACUCGCUCGCUUAUGCCAAUCAUCAACGGCCACAGCCAUGGAUGGCGCCUAUGCAACAAGCCAAUACCUCCUCAUGGAAAAGACAACAUCCUAUCACGAUUCAUCUGGACGACGAAGAAGUGACUCAAAAAUACCUUCAUUUCGAAGAUGAUGAAGAAGAGCAUCAUUCUACUCAGAACAAUCAUACUAAUCUUAUGCCUACUACAUCACUUAAUUCUAAUGAUUUAUCUUUCAAUACCUUAUACCCAUCACAUUCCCUACCACCACCACCACCACCACCACCACAGCAUCAGUCAUCAUCUUAUAAUAACAUGCCACUACAGCCGCAUUAUCAACUAUCUCAAUUUGUAUCUAUGCAAGACAUACUGUAUUCUUGA